AUGGCAGAAAAUGCUAUACACGACUACAUCUCAUCUUUCUUCCUGGUUGGUAUUCUUGGUUUACAAGCUUUUCACUCCUGGAUUGGUAUUCCUGUUUGCCUCCUGUUUGCCCUCACCCUGCUGGGGAAUACUGUAAUCAUUGUUACCAUCAAGUUAGAGCCAAGCCUCCACCAGCCUAUGUAUUUCUUCCUUUGCAUGCUGGCAAUGAAUGGUAUGGUUCUUGCGUCUUCCACAGCUCCCAGAAUGCUUGGCAUCUUCUGGUUGGAUGCUCACUGGUAUGUCUUUGGUGUCUGCUUAGCACAAAUGUAUUUCAUUCACACAUUUUGUAUUUUUGAAUCAGCCCUCCUUGUUGCCAUGGCCUUUGACCGCUAUGUAGCUAUUUGCAUCCCUCUGCGUUAUACAACCAUCCUAACUACACCGAUGGUAAUCAAGAUGGGGCUAACAGGAAUAACCCGAGCUGUCCUUAUGGUGUUACCCUGUCCUCUUCUCAUUAAGAGACUACCUUACUAUACUAAAUAUAUCAUUAAUCAUACAUACUGUGAGCACAUGGCUGUGGUGAAAUUGGCCAGUGCCAGUACUCACAUUAACAGAGCAUAUGGCAUCUCUGUGGCCCUUUCAGUGAUGCUAUUGGACCUAGGAUUUAUAGCCACAUCCUAUGUCAAAAUCCUCCAAGCUGUCUUUCGGCUCUCUUCCCAGAAUGCCCGUUCUAAAGCACUAGGUACCUGUGCUGCCCACGUCUGCACUAUACUUGUUUCCUACACACCUGCUCUGUUCAGUUUCCUAACUCAUCGCAUAGGCAAAAAGGUACCCCCAAGUGUCCACAUAAUUUUUGCAAGUAUGUACCUUCUUGUUCCCCCAGCAGUAAACCCCCUGGUGUAUGGUGUCAAGACCAAGCAAAUAUGUGACUGA